AUGUCGCAGAAUAAAGAUCCAGUUGCAACAACAUCUACAUCUACUGAGGUACUGGAACAUUUCAGCCGUGGCAAAACUUUCCAUGUCGCGCGUCGAGCGGAUGCUUUGAGUGAUACUCCCGACGGGAGCUCGAUUGCAGAUCCCGACACCGAGCGCAAGAAGGCACUCACUGCUUUGACAGCCGAAGAGGAGAAGAAACUGAUACGCCGCAUCGAUUGGCGUCUCAUUCCAUUACUAGCGCUGCUAUAUGUUAUGAAGAAACUGGAUGAGUCAAAUGUAUCAAACGCACGCAUUAUGAAUAAGGGCACACCGCGUGCCAUUCUCACACAAUUGAAUAUUUCGUCCGAUGAAUACGGGAUGAUCACGGUGCUUUACACGGUGCCGUACAUCUUGGCUGAGACUGAAGCUGGGAUGUUUCCAGGCAUCAUUUUGCAAUUAACUUACUGGUACCGACCUGACGAAAUGGCAACCCGACUGGGAUGGAUAUAUGUAUGUGGCAGUAUUGCAGGCAUCAUCGGUGGCGUUUUCGCAUAUGCCUUCAAUGGCGUUUCUGGAAGGCUUGGCGUAUCGGGGUGGCAAUGGCUGUUUAUUUUCGAAGGGGCAACCACAAUCGUCUUGUCAGCCUUGAUUUUAUUCCGUUUACCGGACUUUCCUUCGACAACUUCUUGGUUAUCCGAGAGGGAGAAAGCCUUCAUCCAAGCACGACUCCCUCCCAAUGCCCCAAGGGGUGCUGAAGAAAACUUCAGCUGGGGAGAGAUCGUUACUUCGCUCAAGGACAAGAGACUCUGGCUCUUUACUCUCAGCUGGGCAUUGCAAACCUGUGGAGGCAGCGGCGUGAAGUUUUACCAAUCCACUAUCAUCGCGAACUUGGGGUUUAGUGACAUUGCCACAGCCCAACUUCUCAACAUUCCCAUGUCUGCGCUGGCCAUAAUUAUCAUUGUCACAUGUACAUGGCUGGCUGGGAAAGGCAGCAUACCCAUUCCUCUGUUCCCUGUUGCUUUCACGGUUAUCAUAGUGGCGUGCUACGGCGUAAUGACUGCUUACCCUAGUGAUGUGGGAGUCUACAUAGCCAUGAUGAUAGGCAACGCCGUGUCUACGGCUUGGUUCCCAUUGAUGUGGCCAUGGCGCGCCCAAACCACCAGUAGGGCUACUGGAUCAGCAUUCGCCAUCGGUUUUGUGAAUAGUUAUGGCCAAGUGGGCGACGCCAUUGGGCCCCAGAUGUUUCUUGACAAGUACGAGCCACGUUACCAACUGCCUUUCGGGUUCUCCAUGGGUCUUAUAGCGCUGUGUGGAUUAAACUGUGCCUAUACGUGGUGGGUUACUAGACAUACGGAACGAGAUACCCGAAAACACAAGCUGGCCCGACUUGAGGCAAAAAAGCACAAUAACGUUGUGUUGGACGACGUUUCUGACCACGACCUUGAACGAGCAGGCAGAUAG